AUGAACACAACAGCUAUCUCCACCGCUGUUCCUACUGCAUCAUCACCAUCAGCUACAUCUCUUCUGAGUGGUCCAUCACUUUAUGGCACUGCACCUGUGGUCCCAAAGGUAUCGCCCUGUUCACUUGGCUCGGCUUCCGCUGUGCCUGUCAAGAGUGAAGGCCAGUCGUCUACUUCUACCAUACCCGUCCCCAUUGGUCCACCAAGCUCCACACUUGACAAAGAGCUUCCAAGGAAAGCUCCGGGAUACAGAUCUCCUAGCGCACAGGCCUCCUCUGCUGGCGGUUCGUCAAUUUUCGCUGAGCAGGCUGUAUCCUCCGUGCCGUCUUCAGUUUCAUCCACACCACCUCCUUCUGUCACAUCUGUUGGAGCAGACCCUUCUCGUUGCACGAUGGGAUCACCACCUGCUCCGAUUGCUCCGCCUCCAGGAUUUACAUCGCUUGUUUCGGAAGUUGGAAAAUCUGUUACUGCCAAAUCAGCAUUGAACUCUUUGUCUUCUCAUUCGGUGGAAUCACCAGCAGUGGAGAUCGCUUCUUCUCCAUUGACCGCCUCUUCAUUGCCAUUAGGAAAGCUCCCGUGCGCUGAUUCUCUCACUCCUACAGGAACUAGUAAUGACCUUUCUUCUAUGCAAUUUCUUGAUGAAAGUACACGAGCUAAACUUGCGGAAGUGAGUUAAGG